CCUACAAAUAGCGCUCUUAUUUUCUCCACUAAUGUCAUAGGCCAGUGAUAUAUCAUCCCUUGAGUUACCAUCUAUAAAUCAAUGUCAUAUCAUGUCUGUUACAGCAAAAACUUGAAACAAAAAUAGAGAUAGCGAUCGGAGUGGUGAAGUAGCUGAAAAAAGAAAGGGCCUUGGGUUACCCCAAACACUUCAAAACAAAAACCAUGGCUUCUCCACUCAAUAAUACAACAACCAGUGAUCAAGAAAUGGCGGACCUCGAGAGACAUGACUAUGUAGAAAGGGUCCAGUGGGUGCUCAACACCCCCAAGCCACCAGGGCUUAGCCAAGAGCUCAUUGGAACUGCUGUUUCAUGGAGAAACAAAGUCCCAUUUCUUAACAUGCAGUCCGGCUUGAAACAUGAACUCUUUUCAAUGUUGAAAGCAAUCUUUCCCAUCCUUUCUUGGUGUCAAAACUACAAACCAAAUCAGUUCAAGCAUGAUUUACUGGCUGGUCUAACUCUUGCAAGCCUCUGCAUUCCUCAGAGUAUCGGAUAUGCAACUUUGGCGAAACUUGAUCCUCAAUAUGGCCUCUACACGAGUGUCGUCCCACCUCUUAUUUACACCCUGAUGGGAACUUCAAGAGAGAUAGCGAUCGGACCGGUGGCCGUGAUUUCACUCCUUCUAUCGUCGAUGGUUCAGAAACUUGAGGAUCCAAUGGCUAAUCCCAUUGCUUACCAUAAACUUGUGCUCACUGUAACUUUCUUUGCGGGUACCUUUCAAGCUGCCUUUGGACUCUUCAGGUCAGGUUUCCUUAUCGAUUUUCUUUCACAUGCUGCAAUAGUGGGGUUCAUGGCAGGCGCCGCCAUUGUCAUUGUUCUUCAACAACUUAAAGGACUGCUUGGAAUCACUCAUUUUACGAACAAGACCGAUGUUGUCUCUGUAUUGAAAGUCGUUUGGAGUUCCUUCCAACAUCCCUGGAAUCCUUAUAACUUCCUACUCGGAUGUUCUUUCCUGAUAUUCAUCUUAAUCACAAGAUUUUUGGGUAGAAAGAACAAAAAACUAUUCUGGUUGCCAGCCAUUGCUCCUCUGGUGUCUGUCGUUUUAGCCACACUCAUCGUUUUCCUUACCAAAGCCGAUAAACACGGAGUUGACAUCGUGAAACACAUCAAAGGAGGCUUAAAUCCAAGUUCAGUUGAUCAGUUGCAGUUCAACGGACCACAUGUUGGGGAACUGGCUAAGAUUGGGUUGAUUGUAGCUAUAAUUGCACUCACGGAAGCAAUUGCAGUUGGUCGAUCUUUCGCAGCCAUAAAAGGUUACCACCUUGAUGGCAACAAAGAAAUGGUAGCCAUGGGGUUCAUGAACAUCAUCGGUUCCUUCACUUCUUGCUAUGUCGCAACCGGUUCAUUCUCGCGGACAGCGGUGAAUUUCAGCGCGGGUUGUGAAACCGCAAUGUCAAACAUUGUGAUGGCUGUUACGGUGUUCAUAUCAUUGGAACUUUUGACAAAGCUGUUGUACUACACACCGGUGGCGAUCCUUGCUUCGAUUAUUCUGUCGGCGCUGCCGGGACUCAUCGACGUCAAUGAAGCUUGCAAUAUUUGGAAGGUUGAUAAGCUAGAUUUCCUGGCUUGCAUUGGGGCCUUUCUGGGAGUGCUGUUUGCAACUGUGGAGAUUGGCCUUCUUGUGGCGGUAACAAUAUCCUUCGCAAAGAUAAUAGUGGUAUCAAUUCGACCAGGAACUGAAACCCUUGGAAAGCUUCCUGAAACUGAUGCAUUCGGUGAUGUCAAUCAAUAUCCAAUGGCUGUCAAGACUCCAGGUGUCUUAAUAAUGCGCCUCAAAUCUGCUUUACUUUGUUUUGCAAACGCCAAUUUUGUCAGAGAAAGGAUUAUGAAAUGGGUUAUUGAGGAGGAAAAGGACAUCAAGCUGAGAAAUGCAGAAAAGACUAUUCAAAUAGUAAUCCUUGACAUUUCUAAUUUGAUGGACAUCGAUACAUCGGGCAUCGCGUCUCUGGAGGAACUGCAUAAGAAUUUUGAUUCAAAUGGGAUGAAGCUGGCUAUUGCAAACCCUAGGUGGCAAGUUAUUCACAAGUUGAAAUUGGCUAACUUUGUGCCCAAAAUUGGAGGAAGGGUGUUCUUAAGCAUAGGCGAAGCGAUGGCAUCUUUUUCCAUCUAAAUAAAAACACCUUUCAAACAAAUCUCUAUGUAUUAAGUUUGAAAAACACAAGGUGUGGUUUUUAUAUUUUGUUUUCUUUCAUCUAUGUUAUCGAAACUAAUGAUAAAUUUGGAUAUCCAAAUAUGUACCCUAUGAAUGUAUGUAUACUUAAUGUGAGACAUGAUAAUAAAAAUGUUUGCACGAAAUUAAGUUUCUAA